AUGACCAUCCCUUGUGACGGUGUUGGUGAAGAUUCAAAGGGUGAGGCUGUGAAAGAGGAGGCAGGGACAAGUGAGCAGGGGGCGAAGGAGGAAGCCUCAAGCAAGAGUGGGUCAGCGGGCGUGGAUGAAGUGCGGUUCCCGAAGAAGGCGUUGUAUAGACAGCGAGCAGUAAGAUCUACAAUGU